AUGGCCCGCGUUUGCAUUCGCCGCGGUGGCGAUGCUGGUUCAGCUUCCCUUGCUGCAGGCCCCGUUGAUGCUAAUGAUCGUACUGAGCGUGUCGAUCGUUUUGGUGCCGCUGAGCUUUUUGGUGCCGCUGAGCUUUUUGGUGCCGCUGAGCUUUUUGGUGCCGCUGAGCUUUUUGGUGCCGCUGAGCUUUUUGGUGCCACUGAGCUUUUUGGUGCUGCUGAGCUUUUUGGUGCUGCUGAGCGUUUCGAUACUGCCGAUCGUUUCGGUCCUGCUUCCUCUGCCGCAGCUCCUGCUGAUGCUGGUGGCCGUGGUGAGCGCGCUGAGCGUCUUGGUGAUGCUGAGCGUGCUGGUGGUUCCGAAUUCUCCGGUUCUGUAGCCCUCUUCCUCUUCGUCGCUUUCGCUUUUCCCUUCUUCGCUGGUUCCACUUGUGCUGGCGCCGCCUUGGGUAGCGGAGGCGGAGCCCUAGGUAUCUGCUCAAGUUGA